UUCUUCCUCUUCUUCUCAUAUGAGAGGAAGACUGAAUUUGAACAGUGAAAUUCAAAGUCAAUGAAGGUGGAAAGAAGUUCCUUGCCCUUUGUCAUAUGCCAAAGAGAAUAAGUCUAGUCUUGUGCAGAUCUUACGCUCUGUUGCKGGAUGAAUCUUAAGAAAUCUCUCUCGAUUGGGAUUCGAUUCGAUUGUGUUACGAUGCAGAGGAGAUUCCGGCGAGUUCUCACCACCGUCAAAGAGAAUUGCUCCGUCGGCUACGCCAAAAUCGUCACAGCCGGAGGAUUCAGCGACGUCGAUCUCAUAGUCGUUAAAGCCACUGCUCCAAAUGACUCGCCGUUGCCGGAGAAGUACGUUCAGGAGCUCCUCAAGAUCUUCGCCUUCUCUCCGCCGUCGUUUCGAGCAUUUUCGAUCAGCUUUUCCCGUCGAUUUCGCAACACUCGCUGUUGGCGAGUUGGACUCAAGUGUCUGCUUCUCCUCCACAGAUUGCUCCAAUCAGUCUCCGAGAACACGGAAUUCCGAUCGGAGCUUCUUCGCUGCCGCGCCAGCGGCUGGAUCUUUCUCCAUCAGCGCCAAAUCCGAGACGACGAAGAUUACGCCUCUUUCAUCAGAUCUUACUCUCUGUUGCUGGAUGAAUCUCUGAAUUGCGACCUGUUCUACGACGCCAACUCGCCGGACGAUUCCGGAGACGAAGCGAUCGGAACAAUUUCGAGUAGAAUCAGCGAAAUUAACAGAGCGAUUGAAAUAUUAUCACAGAUGCAGAGCCUAAUCGACAGAGUGAUCGAUUGCAGGCCGGCCGGGAGAGCUGCGCGAAGCUUCGCAAUCCGAUUCGCGAUGAAGCACAUAGUCCGCGAGAGCUUCAUUUGCUAUCGGAUCUUCUGUAGAGAUAUCGGUUCAAUCGAAGACAACCUUCUGCAAUUGCCGUACCGGAGUUGCGCUGCGGCAAUUGAAAUAUACAAGAAGGCCGCGGUUCAAGCAAAUCAACUAUCGGAGCUCUACGGCUGGUGCAAGCAGAUGGGAGUUUGCGCGGCGUAUGAAUUCCCGGACGUCGUCCGCAUACCGGAAUCACGGAUCCAGGCUCUAGAAGAAUUCGUCGGCAGAAUGUGGGAGUUGACGGAAUCAUCGUCUUUAUCGUCGCCGUCGGAUUCUCCGCCAUGGGCAAAUGAUGAGGCAGUGAACGAAGUUGUUGUAACAGGAAACAGUGAGUGGGAAACUUUUGAGGGUGAUGAUUUAGCAGAGGAGUGGAGAAAGGAGAAGGCACUGAUUGAUCUUGGAGUGGAAGAGGAGGAAGAAGAAGAGAGUGGGUGUAGCUGGGAGGAUUUGCUCGAAGCUUCUGCUGGCUUGAAAUCAUCUCACCAUUGGGACCAAAAUCCAGGGGAACAAACUGGAAAUAUUCAGCUUUACAAUCCCACUUCUAUCAACCCUUUCCACCAUGACUGUUUCUUCCCAACACUCAUGCAAAAACCACCUACAACUCUUAUAAAUAUCUCCGACUUCUGYCGACCUGAACCUAGUUCAUCUAGUUAAUUUCCAUCCCGACAUAUUGUACUAAAAAAAUAUACAACCYGAACUUCCAAGUCCACCUAUUACUAUACCUUGUGACAUGCUGUAUUGUAAAAAAAUU